UUUGGCUGGGCACCCAAACCUUUCAAUUCAAAGAUAAAACAAAGUCUGCUUGUUGCUUGUCAGCCUGCAGAAUUUCAUUUCUGGAGAGGUUUUUAAGUCAAGACUGGAACAGCCACCUAUCUGAAAUGGUAUAGGGUCUCCUGCUUAACUAGAACGACCUCCCAGGUCCCUUCCAGCUCUGUUCUGAUUGAUUGAUUGAUUGACUUCUUUCAGCCUGAACACUACACGCCUGUGGCAUUGCGCUCUGUUAAGGCCAAAUUGGGAAGGCAUAGAGUUCCUUUGGACUUGCUAGAGGUUCUCCUGGGGCAUUAAAAAAAAAAGAGAGAGAGAGAGAGAUGGAGGAACAAGGCUCAGCUGGCUCUGAAGGAAAAGAAGGCCACCAUCCCACCCUGUCCAAGAGCGGUGAAGCGUGUCGGAAAAGGAUCGUGUGGGAGAUUUUGGAGAAGGAUCCGGAGGUCCAUCGCCGGUGUUUCAGGGAUGUCUGCUACUGGGAGGCGGGAGGUCCCCGAGAGGUUUGCAGCCGCCUCCACCAUCUUUCCCGUCAGUGGCUGCAACCGGAGAGACGCACCAAGAGUCAGAUGCUGGAUCUGGUGAUCCUGGAGCAGCUGCUGGCCAUCCUGCCCGAGGAGAUGUCCACCUGGGUGAGGGAGUGCGGAGCAGAGAGCAGCUCGCAAGCGGUGGCCCUGGCCGAAGGCUUCCUCCUGGGUCAGACGGAGUGGAAGAAGCCGGAGGAGGAGGAGGAGCAGCAGCAGCAGAGAAAUCACUCCUUUAUAAAAAUGGAAUGCGAUUUCCCAGAGGCUCCCCUGCUGGACACUGUAGUAAGGAAUCCUUUGCAAACAGGGAUUCCGCAAGAAGAUGCCAGAGGAAUCGCGUUGCAAGGGAAUGAAUUGAUGCCGGCAAACAGUACAGAGUCUCCGGUUUUUCUCUGCGGUGGAAUAGAAACCGUGGUUGACCCAGAUCAGGAUCUGGCCACUAUCGAAGAGCUGGCUGUGUAUUUCACUGAGGAAGAGUGGAUUCUGUUGGAUCCCGACCAGAAAGCUCUCUAUAAGCAAAUCAUGGAAGAGAAUUUUGAAAUUGUGACUUCUCUCAGACGUGACCGAUAUAAAACAAAAGAACACCUGACGGGGACAAAACCAUAUAUGUGCUUGGAGUGCGGAAAAAGUUUUGGUUAUAAAAACCACCUUACCUGUCAUCGAAGAAUUCACACGGGAGAAAAACCCUACAAAUGCCUGGCGUGCGGAAAAUGCUUCAACCGGAGUUCCAGCCUCCUUAAGCACAAACGAAUUCACACGGGCGAGAAACCCUAUGCGUGCCUUGAGUGCGGAAAGCGCUUCAGCCAGAGUUCGAGCCUCACCAAGCACAAACAAAUUCACACGGGUGAGAAACCCUACGCCUGCUUAGUGUGCAGCCGGAGCUUCGUGAAGAAGAUCAAUCUCACGUCCCAUCAGAGAAUUCACACCGGGGAGAAGCCAUACGAGUGCUCGGAAUGCGGGAAGACUUUCAGUCACAAAAUAAAUCUCCUUUCUCACCGGAGAAUUCACACCGGAGAGAAACCCUAUCAAUGUCGGGAGUGUGGGAAGAGUUUUAGCCAGAAUACGGGCCUGACGAAACAUCAAAGGACUCACACGGGCGAGAAACCUUAUAAGUGCUUAGAAUGUGGCAAGACGUUUGGUCAUAAGACGAAUCUCACCGCUCACCAAAGAAUUCACACAGGGGAGAAGCCGUACCUGUGUUUGGUGUGCGGGAAGAGGUUCAGUUCCCGGACUGGUCUGACUUACCAUGAAAGGACCCACACCUAGAGGAAGCCAUUUAAAUGCUUAGAGUGCGGAAAGAGCUUCACUCAGAAGAUCAUUCUCGUGAAGCAUCAUUUGGAAGAGAAGGGGUUCUCUUAUUUGGAAUGUGACAAUCCAGCCAUGUAUCUCGCUGCGCACCAAAGCAUCUUCAAACACCCAAAACCGCAUCAGUGUCCGCAGUGCGGGAAAACUUUUAGUCAGAGCACGGGGCUCCGGAAUUACCGGCUCAUUCACGAAGGCGGGAAGGAGUGCGCUUGCUCGGUCUGCGGAAAAAGCUUCAGUCACAAACUCAUCCUCAGUUGUCACGAAAGGAUCCACACUGGGGAGAAACCGUACAAGUGUCUGGAAUGCGGCAGAAGCUUUAAUCACAAGAAAAACCUCUCGAGGCACCACCGAAUCCACACAGGAGAGAAACCAUACCGGUGCUCAGACUGUGGGAAGUGUUUCGGUCAGAAAGUAGACCUCACCAAACAUCAACGGAUUCACACCGGAGAGAAACCAUAUCAAUGUUCGGAGUGUAGGAAGAGUUUCAGCCAGCGUACCAACCUUUUCCAGCAUCAGAGCAUUCACACGGGGGGGGAAAUACACCCGCUUAGAAUGUGGGAAAAGUUUCACUUGGGCGGCCCUCCGCGCCUGUGGGAAGCGUCUCCUCUGGCUCAGAGGGCGGAAAGGCAUUGCAUUGCAUUGCAGGGAGAAAAGACAAGACAGUUGGGAGAAAAAAGACAUCGUCCCAUUUUCCCCCCCUCGAUGGAUGAGCAGGUGGCCGCAGGACUGAGUGCUUGGGAAAGAAUAGAGAAUCUUUCCAAAGCUCCGCUGGUUGCACAGAUGAACAGCUCCGAAGAGCUGCUGAUGGAGGCACCACCACAUCACGUGAAGGAGGAACCCGCCGAGGGUUUGCAAGAUCCCUGGGAGAACCAGUGGCAGGAGUUCCUCAAGACCUUGAAGGCACCAGACUUGGAGUGGGGGGCUCCACAGAUGCCUGAUCGGCUCACUCCCUGGGACGAUGCCAGAAGCUUCCUGGCCUCCUUUGAACAAGUCGCAACCGCUUGCCGAUGGCCUCGGGAUAAGUGGGUGGCCUUUCUCCAGCCAGCCCUGAGUGGAGAGGGCAAGCAAGCCUUCAGCCUCCUCCGUGUUCCAGAGAGAGCAGACUAUGAGACGGUGAAGGCCGCCAUCUUGGAAGAAGAGGCUGCCGCCAGGGAGAGGCAACGCCAGCACUUCCGGCAGCUCCGCUACCGGGACACGGAAGGCCCGAGAGGCGUUUGUGGGCAACUGCGGGCACUCGGCUGUGGGUGGCUGAAAGUCGAGAGACGCACAAAAGACGAGAUUUUGGAACUGCUGAUCCUGGAGCAGUUCCUCAGUAUCCUGCCGGUGGAGAUGCAAAUUUGGGUCAGGAAACGUAAGCCCGGCAGCUGCACCCAGGCAGUGGCCUUGGCUGAGGACUUCCUGUCGAAGCAGAAAGAGGCCGCAAAAUUGGAAACGAAGGUGCCACCGACAGAGGAGUCUGUGGAACCUUCUGAGACAGGACAAGCUCUGGAUUGCUGGGCUGCCCAGCUCAGCAGAGACACCAAGGAAGGCGAGAGCAAAGAGGCAACAUGGCUGUGUGAUGAGCAGGUAUGGGAGAAAGAGGUGACCUCCAUUCAUCCCAAAGGACAAGAACAGAGGGCUCCCAAGGAUGUUUCUCUGGAAACAAACAAGGAUUUCCCAUACUGUAAGAAUGGUGCGAUGUUGGAAGGUCCAAGAGAAAGGGGGAACGUGCCAGCAACGGGCCUUGAGAAGGGGGUGGACCUGUCUAUGUUGUGCAUUCAUGAUCCGAGCAGUGCUUCAGAACAGCAGAAAUUCCUGGGUGACCAGGUGCAGCACCCCAAACUGGAGGUUCCCAGAGAGAACUUUGGACAAACCUCGGAUCUUCUUCCGCGUCAAAGUACAGAUACGGCUGGGAAAUCGUAUCCAUCUUCACAGGGUGGGAACAGCGUGAUAUCGAGCCAGGCCUUUAUAACCCAGUCGGGAGUUUACGCGGCUCCGGGAAGCAUGAAAUGCUCCCACUGUGAUCAACGCUUCCACUCUGCUUCAAGGUUCAAGGAGCAUUUGAGCAUCCAUAGCGGAGGGUCUUCAUUGAACUGCUGUUAUUGCGGAAGAAACUUCGGGUCCUGUUCAGUCUUACAGGAGCAUCUCCGAGCGCACGCGGCAGAGAGGCCGUACCGAUGCCCGGACUGCGGAAAGCGUUUCAACCAGAAGCAUUACUUGACCAUCCACGAGAGGCUGCACAGCGGAGAGAAACCCUACCAAUGCGUUCACUGCGGGAAAAGCUUUCCGGAGAGAUCCCGGCUUCUCAUCCACGAGCGGAUCCACACGGGCGAGAAUCCCUUCCUUUGCUCUGAGUGCGGGAAGGGCUUCAACCAGAAGGGGAACCUCAUGACCCACAUGAGGCUGCACACGGGAGAGAAACCCUACAAAUGUGCGCUUUGCGAGAGGCGGUUCAGCCAAAAGGCAGGCCUCAGCGCCCACGAGAAAACCCAUGUAGGCCUGAAAAGGACAUUUUGAUAUAGGCUGCUUGGCUGAUACCUCGCAUGGAUGAAACUU